UGGAUGUCGUGUUAUGUUGUUAUAUGUAUACGUUUUGUGUACGUAGAGGGUGUAGAGUGGGCGCCAGUAGGUAGAUUUCAAAUUCCAACCAAUUCUAACUAUAUUGUACAUUCCCAAGUCCCAAGUGCACUUUCGUCUCACAAGGUUUCUUUCCGCUUCUCUUCAACGUAGCGAUGUCAUUGUCAGCAAAUUACUCGAGGAAAAGAGGAAAAAAUGGAUAAUAAAUGAGCGUAAAAAACACGCGGACGUGCAUAAUAUUGAAUUUUUUUUUCUCUUUCAUAAUACGCACGUACGGAAGUUUCCCACUAUGCAUUGUAUGUUGUCAUCGAUAUUUAUUCCUCGCUCCGGCCGGCUAUAGGAUUGUCGGCUAUAAGACGGCAGAGCGAAAUCUUUUUGACGUGUUGGACAGCUAGAUACGAGGAAGAUCAGGAUGAGCGCGAAGCACUUGAGUAUUGGAUCGGUACCACCGCCCCUUGUACCCGGAAAAUUACGCCUGUACAGCAUGCGUUUUUGUCCGUACGCGCAAAGGAUUCACCUCGUGCUGGACGCCAAGCAAAUUCCAUAUGAUGUAGUUAAUGUAAAUUUAACACACAAACCUGAUUGGUUGAUGGAAAAAAAUCCUGUUAAUAAAGUUCCUUGUAUCGAACUGGAAGAAGGAGAAACACUGUAUGAAAGUCUAAUUAUUGCUGAUUACUUGGAUGAAGCGUAUCCUCAAAAUAAACUAUAUCCAAAUAAUCCUUUAGCAAAGGCUAAAGAUAAGUUAUUGAUUGAUAGAUUUAGUAUAGUAAUAGCAACUAUGUAUAAGGCACUUUCGGAAACAGCAUUGGUGCAAGAUACAUUCAACCAUACGCUAAUUGAGCUAGAAUUUUUUGAUCGAGAAUUGGCGAAAAGAGGAACUCCCUUUUUCGGUGGCAGCAAACCUGGCAUGCUGGACUUAAUGAUAUGGCCAUGGUUUGAAAGGGCAGAUAUAAUAAGAGUUCUAAAAGGAGAGCAGUUUGCCUUACCUCGAGAUCGUUUCUUACGAUUGUUUGAAUGGCAAGUUGCUAUGAAAGAAGAUCCUGCAGUAAGUGGCAGCUUUCUGGAUGUCGAAAUGCACGUCAAGUACAUGCGUAGUCGUCUAGCUGGGGCAUCUCAGUACGAUUUAGCUAACAGCUAAAGAUAAUUCAGCCUAUGAUCCAUUCUAUUUGCAAUAUUUUAAAUUCAAGCGAUACUCCAUUGAUGUUGCCAUUUAU